AUGGAUCCGCUCGCAGCGCUCCGGUCGGAGCUGGCCUUGCAGGGCCAGGCGCCUGCCGAUCAGCCUGACGACGAGAUGCUCCGUGUGAUGCUAGAUGUAGAGGGUGGGGAUGUAGGCCGCGCUGCGCGUGCGAUCUCCGAUGCCCACGUCGCCGAGCACCGCCGCUCGAGUGAGGUGUCGAUGCGCGAACCGGCGCCGACGGCUGUGCCUGCGGACGCAGAGCCGCACGAGGAGGUGGUGCGAACGAGCGCUUGGGACAGUACAUGGAUGGCGCAAAUAUGGCGCGUCGUCACGAUGCCGUUCUCGGUCGUGCAGGCCGUGCUGAUGGUCUGCCUGCGUGCCUUGCGCAUCAUCCAACCCCUGCCCCGGGGCGGGGCCAGCGGCCGGUUUGAAAUGUCGCGCUUCUCGGAAGACCCACGGGAGAGCGCGCGCACCUGGAUCACGGAGCUGGAGAAGGAGACGAACGGCACGUGCGAGGACGAUGCGACGGACCGCCCGCCCCUCCCUUCCUUCUACGCCGGAAGCUAUGCAGAUGCGCUGCGACAGGCCAAGGACCAGAUCCAGAUCCUGGCGAUUGUGCUCACGAGCGAGGCGCACAGCGACGACCGCCACUUUAAGACGCACGUCCUCACCGACCGUGCGCUUGUUCAGACCCUGCGCCAGAGCGACUUUUGCGUGUGGGGCGGCGACGUGCGCUCGCGCGAGGGAUUCCAGGUCGCGACGCUGCUCCGCGCAAGCACCUAUCCCUUUGUCGCAUUUGUCGCGCUGCAGCCGCGGCGCUCGCGCUCGCGGGGUGCUGUCGUCGCGCACCCCGCUGUGCUUUCGCGCCUGGAAGGGUCGCCGCACUCGGUGCUCUCUGCACAGAGCAUCUGCACCCAUAUCCAAGACGUACUUCUCCCGCGCACAUCCGCUUACCUCGGCCAGCUGCGUGGCGAGCGCCACCACCGCGAAAUGGAGCGCCAGCUCAAGGUCGACCAGGACCGUGCGUACGAAGAAGCGAGCCGGCGCGACCAAGAGCGCGUCCUCGCGCGCCGCGCCGAAAAGGAAAAGGAGGAAGAGCAGGCGCGUGCGCGCGAAGCCGUCGAAGCGGUGCGUGCGGCGCGCCUCGAAAAAGAGCGCCACUGGCGCCGCUGGGCGCGCCAUCACCUAGUCCCGGCCGAGGCGGCUCAAGGCGAAGCAUCCGUCCGUAUCUCGGUGCACCUGCCCAACGGCAAGAACCUGCAGAGACGAUUCCGCGCGUCUGAUACGCUCGAGGCCCUGUAUGCGUUUGUCGACUCGGCGAGCGCCGAAGGCGAGGCGGCCGACGCGCCGAUCGACUACGAACAUGUCUAUCCCUUCCAGCUCGUGCAGACGUACCCCCGCCACGUCCUCGAUACGCAACACCUCUCUACGAUGCUUGAGGACGUUCCUGGCCUCGGACCCAGCGCCAAUCUCAUUGUCGAGGGUCAGUGGGGAGGCGACGACGAGCCGAGCGACUCGAGCGACGACGACGAACCAUAG